AUGACUAAUCAAAAACCACCUCUUAUCUCUCCCGAAUGGUGUGAUUUACCAACUCAAAGGCUUUAUGUGGCUUCCUUUCUAGCUCUCUUUCAAUCUUAUAAACUAUUUCAAUUCAUAGAACUUUGGUGGUUUGGUUCUAACUCAAGUCCUAAAAUCUCAUGGAUCUAUUGGAGUUCACUUGAUCUUAUUCUUAUAGCUGUCAUCAUUCCCCUACUCAACAUUCCACGUCUCAAACUAGCAAAACUCCAAACUAUCAUCAUCAUCGGUUUACUCUUAUCAUUCAAUUGGAUCUGUUUGGGAAACUCUCAUCUUGGUCUCAGUAUCAUCAGCUCUCUUUUACCUCAAUCUAUCAAACGUCUCUUUGAUUAUCAAACUGCUAUCCUCGAAGUCAAAGUUCGAUUACAAGAUGUCAUCAACCCUUCUUCUCAUAUUCUCGGGAAACAUACAAUUCAUGUCUUACCUCAUACUACCGCCAAAUUAAAUCCUCACUUAAAUUGCUUUUGCAUAUCAUCAUCUAUUGCUUCAUCCUUCGCUCUGAUUCCGAUCAUCUUCAAUAAUUCAAUUCCUCAUUUACUACAAUACUCAGUUACAAAUUUCACGACUGGUCAAAAAACUCUCUUCAAUCUCACUCAUAGUCAACUUCAUCCAUCAUCUUCAAAGCAAAAGAAAUCGAAAUUAAGUUUAGAAGAUUGGAUUGAAGAUGAAGAGAAUGAUUGGAAAUCUUCAGAAGAUCAACUCCAACAACCUCUUAAUCAUCAAUCGAACUCUCGUGAUCAACCUACACUAGAACGUACUCAAUUACUCUAUCAUCUUGAUGUUCGUCAAAUCGGUCUCAUUAGACUUGAACGAGUCUUGGAUCAAGAAACGAUGGAUAUACGAAUCUCACGUGCAGAAGCCUUGGUAGUCGACUGUCCUAGGGCUAGCUUCGCAACCACCGAUCAAGUCUCCUCUUCUCAUUCUAAAUUACUAUCCUGGGUGGGAUCAAAUUCAAUCGAUGAGCUUCACAAGUGUGUAGACGAGACGGAAGAUUUCGGGAUGAUGGUUCAUGGGUUGGCGCCCCUCACUCUAAAUUAUCAUCGGAUCAUUGAUGGUGAGCGCACGCCAAUGAAAUUGGAAGGUAUCAGUCCGAGUGAAUUUGUCUCUCCGCUCAUUGCAACCGAGACCGCUACUUUGUCCGAGAAGCUAAGAGUUUCACAUCGGAAGGAUUACAAUUGGGCCGAAUCGAGUUCAAUUGAUCUGCCCCUCAAUAUAAGUCUUACCACUACAGGCAAGCAUAUUUAUGAAUUAGAUUCAGUCCGAGACGCGUGUGGGCAUACCUUUGACUUCAAUUCAUUCCGUGAAUCUCGCGCUACAAAACGAUUUGGUACUCAGCCUGAGUUAUUGGACACCAAGACUGUUUAUGUACAUCCAAGAAGUCAAGUUAGUUUCCUUGGAUGCGGUAAUACUGAAGAUGAACCGUUAAGGCUCUUGAAAGGCAAAAGCGUACCACUCAAAGUACAUGUUAAAGAAGCUGAUGACGCUGCAGGAUCGCCUUGGACUGUCGGGAUUUCAUACAAACCAGUCACUGAUCCCGAUUCAAAAGAAAUAUCAGACCCGAACUUGAAAAAAGGAUGGGAACAGAACAUUACCUUUUCAGAUUCGAUCAAGUUGAUCCAAGCUACCCAACCUGGUACAUACGAGUUAACUAGUAUCAAUGGCAAAUUUUGUUCGGGAGAGAUUCUAGUCCCAUCAAGUUGUAUAGUAGUAGAACAACCAAUUCCGACCAUCGAAUUCAACUUUACCUCGAUCACUGAUCAAUGUUCAGGUGAAAUCGGUCUAAAGGCCAAUUUUCUCUUGACUGGUAAACCACCCUUCAAAUUACAUUAUUUGGUUUCACAAACCGGAAGAUCAACACAAAAGAAAAUCAAAGUGAUUCAACAUAGUCGUGAUGAGAUUUUAAUUCAACCUGAUUCACCGGGUGAUUUUGAAUAUAAGUUUGUACAAUUAGAUGAUCAAUAUUAUGAUGGGAUUAAGAUUGCGGAUAAAUCGAUUAAACAGAUUGUACAUCCUUUGGCUCAAGCUAAGUUUACUAGAGGUGGAAAGGAUGAAAAUAUUUGGAGUUGUGAUGGUGAGACGGUAGAGGCUGAAAUCGAAUUAAAGGGCGCACCACCAUAUACGAUUGUCUAUCAAAUCUUGGGAGAGAAAGCACAUAUAGUCAAAGACAUCAAUUCAGCCCGAGCAGUGUUGGAUGUUGAUAUUCCAUCACAAUAUAUCACCAAAGGUGGUAGCUUUACUCUCUCUUUAGUCAGUAUCACCGACGGAAAUGGAUGUCUACGAAACUUGACUGUACCCGAUCUCAAUAUCGAAGUUCAUCGUACAAAACCUACGGUCAAAUUCUAUAGUGCUGAUCAACAAUACAAACUUGUUGGUCGAGAGGGUGAACCAUUUAGAAUACCAAUGCGUUUGACUGGUAAUGGGCCAUGGAAAAUCGAAUAUUCACUCGAUGGAAGAACUUCGAUGAGUGAAGAGAAAACGCUUUACAGUCCGAACGCUCACCUUGAGGUCACUCAAGCAGGUGAAUAUCAACUCUUGGCGAUACAUGAUCAACAUUGUCCUGGUACAGUUGAGAGUGGACGUUUCAAGGUAGAAUGGUUACCUCGUCCCAGUUUAACAAUAUCGAACCAGCAAGGAUCAGGUGCUGUCAUCAAAAAAUCUGUAUGUGAAAUGGUCGAUGAUAGUCUAGAAUUGAGUCUAGCAGGUUCGCCACCGUUCUCUGUACAGUAUUCGGUCUUACACCAGCCAUUUGGUCGAGGUGAAAGAUCAAGUGUAGAAGAGAAAACGGUGCAAUUCUUGAAAUCAAAUGCGAUCUUACCCCUUCACACCUCUGAGGCUGGCUCUUAUACCUACACCAUCACCGCUUUAAGUGAUCGUACGUAUCCAAAGCUAAGCUCUAAUGGAUUGAAGGAUCUCCCCUCAAUCAAACAAGUGGUAUUUGAACUACCGAGUGGCACCGUCAAGACCUUGGCACAAACGACAUAUUGUGUCCACGAAACCCUUUCAACUACUCAGAAUGGAAAAGGAGGAGUUCGAUUAGAUUUGAUUGGAGGAAAGGCACCUUAUCAAGUUGAUAUACAAGUGACUAACGAAGUCAGUAUGGCAAUGGAACGAUUCGAAUUGAAUUUCACCACAGCUUCUGCUGUGCUUUCUUUACCAUACGCCUUUCGAUCUGCUGCACCUCAUUCAAUUGACGUGAAAUCAGUCAAAGACGCCAACGGAUGUAAAAGCAAAUGGACAGAAGAAUCUCCCAAGAAAUCUGCCAUAGUAGAAGUAGCAGAAACAGCCUCGAUCGAAUCAGUUAGUAAAAAACCAUAUAUCUGUGUAGGAGAAAGAUUAGAAUAUAUUUUAAAAGGAUCACCACCUUGGUUGAUCAAAUAUGAAUUCCAAUCUAAACCAUCAUCUAUUAUAAUAGACUCUAAAAAUGAACCUAAGUUUUCUAGAUUAGCAAAAGAACCUGGAUUAUUUAAGAUCUUGGCUAUUGCUCAUAAACUUGAUCAUUGUCUUGUGAAUGUUAAUUUAGAGAAAUUAAUUAAACCUAUUCCUAGUGUUAAGAUUAGUGCUGGUAGGAAUUUUAUUGAAGAUAUUAGAGAAGGAGAUCAAUCUGAAAUUGUUUUUAGUUUUGAAGGAACCCCACCUUUUUCAUUUACUUAUACAAGAUCAUUACCUGAAGAUAGAACAGAUGAUACAAGGGUUUUGGAAAAAAGAACUGUGACUGGAAUCGAAAGUCAUACUUAUUCAAUCUUUGCACGUGAAGAAGGUACUUGGUCUGUUACUGAAAUUCAAGAUGCAUUUUGUUCUUUUCCUCCAGUUGGUGGACUUGGAGAUAACAGUAAUGAAAAAAAAUAA